GUCCUUUUACUUUCACAUGCGGGUCUCCUGCCAGCGUGAGAAGCCACCAUGCCGAAGUCUAAGAGAGACAAGAAAAUUUCUUUAACAAAAACAGCAAAGAAGGGACUUGAGUCUAAACAGAAACUAAUAGAGGAGUUACGGAAAUGUGUGGACACCUACAAAUACCUGUUCAUCUUCUCUGUGGCCAACAUGAGGAACAACAAGCUGAAAGAUGUCAGGACAGCGUGGAAACACAGCAGGUUCUUCUUUGGGAAAAAUAAAGUCAUGAUGGUAGCAAUUGGUAAAGGAGAAACGGAUGAAUACAAGGACAAUUUAUGCAAAGUCAGCAAGCAUCUUCGAGGAGAAGUGGGAGUACUAUUCACAAAUAAAACCAAGCAGGAGGUGCAAGAGUAUUUCAGUCAUUUCAAAGAUACAGACUAUGCACGUGCAGGAAACCGGGCUCAGAUGGACAUAACCCUUGACGAGGGCCCUUUGGAACAGUUUUCUCAUUCCAUGGAGCCUCAGUUGAGGCAACUGGGCCUCCCUACUGCUCUCAAGAAGGGUGUGGUGACGCUACUGAAAGACCACACCGUCUGUAAAGAAGGGGAUGUCCUCACCCCCGAGCAGGCUCGCAUUCUGAAACUGCUUGGCAUUGAGAUGGCAGAGUUCAAGGUGAAGAUCAAGUGCAUGUGGAGCUCCGAAACGGGUGCGUUUGACAACUUGGCGGGCGAGGAUAUGUCCAUGCAGGAGGAUGAGGAUGAAGACGAAGAUGAAGAUGACAAGGACACAGCAAAGUGAAACAAGCUUGUGGAGUUUUUUUUUUUUUUUUUUACAUGGAAUACAGAUCAUGAACUUUUAGCUCUGAAUUACUUCCGUCAUAACCACCUUGCAUAACGAACAAUUCCAAAUAAUCCUUUAGUCUGGAAAUUUGCAGUAAUACAAAGUUGUAUUAUGAAGCAAUGACGCAUGUAAAUGUGCCAAAACCAGAAUGACGUUGAGCAAUGUGAGUGUGGGCCAUCGGGGGACAAAAGGGGGAUGAUGUGCUGGUCUGCCCUGGUUAAAGUAGCCCAGUGUUAGUACUUGUUACUUUUGAGAAAUGUCACCACCUCGUGGGGAGGUUUAGUGCUACAUGCACUAACCUGUCAUUGGUCCAUCUUAUUGCUGUCAAAAAUUGUUUAAAUGUUGAAACAAAAGCACCUCAAUAUAAUUUUCAUUUCACUUGAAAAAUGAAGCGCUUCAAUAUUCUUGAUCCGUUUUAGAAAACAUCUCUGUAAAAUGAAUUUUAAAUCAGGGGAUGUAGACACAUUGAAAAGAUGCCCGAUUAGUCUGUGAAGUAGUUCUUAGCGAAAGUAAUUUGGACACUCGUGAGCGACCAGGUUCCAGGCUUCAUGGAAGGACUCCACCACCCUCUCAUCCAGAGGACCUUCCUCAGAGGCAGCCAGAUUCUGUCUCAGUUGGUCUAUGCUGGACAUGCCGAUGAUGACACCGUCGCCAAGUUCACUCUGGAACGGUAUGAUGUUAUAACACAAUCCUCCAUUUUUAAUGAGCUCUGACUCAAUGUAUGUCUAUGUCACCUUGAGCUGGGAGUGGUGGUACAUCCAGCGUAUGGCAGCAGACAACAGGGUGGGGGGGUUGGACCCAUAUGCUGUCGUCAAGGCCUUUAGGACCACCUCUAUUGCUUGGAAAUGACUCUGCUUCCAGUAUCUUAGGACCAAAUAGAACAAGUAUGUUUGGUUUGGUUUAGUUUAUUUGAACAUGAAGGUUCCAAUGGAAUACAUCUCAUGAAUCAUCCUUUCACAGUUCCACAUGUCCAAAAGGAGUAGGAAGAAGCAAAGCUUAUUUAAUCCUACCCCCCAUCUAUUCCACAUCUUCUACAGCACAUAUUGUUCACUUCCUGCAUUCCAUCUCAUAUUUUAAAUGACAGUCAUUAUAAUAAUAACAGUAAAAAAAACAAGCAUGACAGAACAAUCAUUGUGAUCAAGACUUUUCUGUCUUGUAUUUAGCAAACGUCAACUGCUUGUAUUGUUUUUUUAAUUUGCUCAUCUCUGUACAUUGUUUGAGUUCCUUGCUCAAUCUGUUCCAUAAUUUAAUUCCACAUACAGAAAUGCUGUGGCUUUUCAGCAUUCUCGCAUAUAAAUGUUUUAGGUUUAAUUUUCCUCUAAGAUCAUAUUUCUCCUCUCUGAUUGAGAAAUACAGUAUGAGGUUUUUGGGUAGCGAAUUAUUAUUAACUUUAUACAUUAUUCUAGCGAUUUGAAGGAGUAC